AUGUCUAGCGGAAACCCAGCAGCGGGGAAGCCAUGGCAGUGGAAGUCCCCCAAGCCACUGGUGGGACCCCGCGGAUACUACAAUGUCACGCCCUAUGCUGCCCCCUGCACUGAGGCCGUCCCUCACUCGUGGCCCCACCAGGCGGCUCUCUUCGUCGACGACAUGUACUUCUGCGGCGGUUCCCUCAUCUCCAGCGAGUGGGUCCUCACGGCUGCUCACUGCAUGGACGGGUCGGUUGAAACGCUGUUGCAAAUAUGAUGCAAUAAAAAAAAA